AUCAGUUUCUGGAUUACCAUGAAGUUCCCCACCAUCCUGGUUCUCACCGUCGUUGCCCUCUCCGGCGCGGGUGUAGUUAAACGAGGCUUCUGGUGAUGUCUCUGCGAGACUUCCAUCCGCGCGAUUCUCACGAUCGCUACUCGAUGUAUACAGGAACCUACGUCGCUUCCGCUGAAGAUCACAUCAGCUGGAGCUAUGAGGGGCCGACAGGCCCGAAAUACUGGGCCGACCUGAAGCUCGGCGGACAGAAUCAAUGUGGAUUACAGAAACAGAGUCCCAUCGACAUCGAUGUCCUGAAAACCAGAUACGACGGCAGCAUGUCGCAGCUCUAUUUCAAAAGCUAUGACAAAGCCACCCCGAACAUCACCAUCGUCAACACGGGUCAUUCGAUUCAGCUGAAUUCGCCCAAUUGGCGGCAGUCGGUGUCCGGAGGACCCCUUCCGGGAUCCUUCAAUCUGCUGCAGAUGCACUUCCAUUGGGGUAAAGACUCCUACAGAGGAGCCGAGCACACCGUUAACGGCAGACGAUAUCCCCUUGAAUUGCACAUGGUCCACAGCCAGGCUGCGGAACCCGGCCAUUCCGCUAGUGGUAGACUAGCCGUCAUCGGCAUCUUCUUCGAUCUCACCGAAGGAGAAUCGAACGCCGGGCUACAGAAAAUCACGCAGGUGAUCAGAGACAUGAGAACGCACGACAGCGUUGAUCUCCGAGGUGCCCUCUCGCCCGGGGAGCUCCUUCCGGGAACGAAACACUUCUUCACCUACCAAGGAUCCUUGACCACGCCUCCCUGUUCCGAAGUGGUCACGUGGCUGGUUCUGAGAGAUCCUCUGAAGAUCAAUGAAAGAGAGCUCGCACUGUUCCGGACGACGCUAUUCGAAAACAACAGGACCAUGGUCGACAACUUCAGACCAAUUCAGAUGUUGAACAACAGAGAAGUGAUAUCAUCUUUCGUGACCGCCUCAUCUAGCUCCUUAUUAGCAUCUCUCCCUUUGAUGAUCAUAUCAGCCAUUCUAUGCAGCCGCUAAAUUGAAGCCGAAGAUUGAAACACCGUCCGAACAACGCCAAAGUAUCAACGUCGCCUAUGGAAACGAAAUACAUACUUGUGAUAGAGAGAUCUAGCU